UGAAGCAAGCGGAGGGAAGGCACGCUGCUGUUGCUAGGUUACACUCCGUACACAGGGUAUGGCCUAGUUCUUGCUCUGCCUUUGUAGUUUCCCCUGCCCUUGGGUGCUAUCUAUGCCAGUAGCUGACCUUAUAUCUAAGAAUAAGAAAUGGAUCAGGGUUGACUUCUUUGCUCUGCUGUCUGUCUGUCUUAAAAAAAAUAUAAAAAUUGCCGCUUAAAAGCUCUUCUAUAUCAGGAUUGCUUUGCCAGGGUAACUUUGUGUUAGCAGAUCACAGCUCAAUUCAAUUCAACAGUUUGAAAAGGCAAAAUGUUCUAACCUUUUAUUUUUGUGGUCUUUAGGACAGAUUCUGUGGGAGAACAUGAGUACUAUGAAUAUGCACUCGAGAGCUUACUUGUUGCUGGAAAGAGAGUUUAUAGAACACGAAAAAGCCAAGAUCUUUGUGAGUACAGCUGGAUUCCCAACCCCCAACCCCUACAACUUUGUUUACAGUGGUCAAGAUCAAGACUGAAGUAUAACACUGUAUCCAUCAUCAUUAUAACCCUCCUCAUCGUUAAUAAGAAAUGUAAUUUCUUCUCUCUACUGUUCCAUAAAUCAAGAUUAUUAUUAUUAUUAUUAUUAUUUUAAUGUUACACAUGGUAAGUGAUGUUGAAGAGCCUAACUGGAUGAAGUGGGCUAGAAAUAUUCUAAAUAAAAAACAGAGGUGGGACAGUUUAUUAUGAUUCUUUUUUUAAAUGAAUUGUGCAUUGAUUUUGUAACCAAAUGAUGAAAAAUGCUUCUGACUCGGAUCCUAACUGAUCCUCUGCGUAUAGAGAGAAUUCUUCCAUUUGCAGAGGUGAGAAGGAUCUAGUAGACAUUCCCACUGAUAACAUCUUUUUGCCAAUUUCUCCUUCCUAUACUGCCACAUAUGGUGGUUCAAAGAGUCCCCCAAUUCCCUAGAACAGUUUUUUGAGGGGCAAAGGGGCUCCAGGGAGAAGAAAUGAGGUCAAUUAAAGUCACCUCCCCAUUUCUGCUGGCUCACAGGAUGCUCCUACCUGCAGAACUUGAGCUUCUGACCCAUCUCCCCCUUUUCUCUGAAUAAGACCUAACUUUCUUCCUCAUACUUCUGGAAAUGCUGGGAAUUAGUUUACUAUCAUCUCAAAGCUUCUCUGCUAAAGUGCUUAGGAUGGUGCAUAAUAGACCAGCCCCUCCUUCUCCAUUUCCUAAGAAUAAGGUUGCCAUCUUAAAAAACUUCACGACAGGCAGAAACCUUACCGGUACAGCCUUUUGCAGCACAGCAGUGGGAUGGUGAGGAAUGUUUUGCCUGUUGAUCCUCUGCACCAUGGUCACUCAGCAGUUAAAAACACAGGAGAGCUAACCUGUGCCAACCCCAAGUGAAAAAGCCAGAGUGACCCUUCUGCCAUGUAGGGGUUUUCCAGCAAUGCCAGAGCAGUAGCAGCCACCUAGCCUUCAUUUGUGUGGGGACAACUUACAAUACAGGGACAACUAACCUUUCUCAGCUCAAGGGCUGCAUUUCCAGGGGGUUCAUGUCAGUGGUAAGAGGAGACAGAGGCAAAAGUGUACAGAAUACACCUCUCCCUCCUUCCCUCCACCUCUCUCCUCCAGGCAAGCAAGAGGCAUUAUUACAGUGUAAGUGUGGUGGUUAGUGUGUUGGGCUUGACUGGGGAGCCCUGUGUUCAAAUCCCCACUCAGGCAUAAGGUUCCUUGAGCCAGUCAGCCUAGCCUACUUCAUGGAUGUUAUAAAGAAAAAAAUGGGGAAGGGGACAACUGUAUGUGUACCACUUUGAGUCCUUCUAGGAGGCAAAAUAGAAUAGAAAUGCAAUAAAAAAUAAUAAUUUUAAAAAAUCUAACCAGAGAAAAACACUUGAAGGUCACAGAGCUGGACCAUUGUGGGAUGAUGUCAAGGAAGGGGACAUGACCAGCUGAAAGUCCCAAGAGCCAAAUUGAGGGUCCUCAAGGGCCACAGUCAGUCCCUGGGCCUGAGGUUCUGCAAUCUUUUCUAGAUGAUAUCUGUCUCAAGAGACGAUGGAGUGCACCUCUGGGGGUGAAGUCAAACCACUGCAUUAGCAGCUCUGAAGUGACUUCCCCGGCUUGCAAGCCUGGGCUGCUUGUAUGGAGGUCCUCUGCUGCCCAGAUGAUAAGACCUCCUCUUGCCCUCACUCACUGAUGUGGUCCAAAGGAAAGCAGAUCAAUACAUUUGGCACCAGCUUGGCUGCUAGAGUCGCCAGAAGGAGGCAUACAAGGUGUCAUCCAACCGCCUCAGGGACUCUACUCUGGAUUUGUGUAGGGUUUAUUAUUUAGCCUUUUCUUUUCUCAAAGAUAUCCCAUAAGGCAACAGGGGCCUAGGAUCAGAGUUUUCCUUCUCCUAGAUGGGCUACCUUUCUAGGUUGAUGAACCCCAUCUUCCCCCAGCAGUAGCCAAGCAAUUAUUAUUUCCUUAGUACAAGGUAAUGGUAUAUGUUAUACUACUUCUCAAUGUAGGGAUGGUUUUUAUUAUAUAUCCCUUUUAGUUUUUUCUGGGGGGGGAGGGGGAGUAAGAAUGUUGUAUUGAGAAGAUGAUUUACAUACCUAUCCUUAAAGCAAUAAUUUAGAAUAAGGAAUGGACUGUGGAACAAUCUGGAGUUAAGAUGAACACAGAGGAAUGAACCAAAUACAGUAUGUGAGUUGUGUUGAUGAGUUGUUUUGCUUGAGUAGGAAUGAAGGGAAAUGGUGGGAGAAUGCAUAGUGUGAAAUAUUAUUUUAUCUAAAACAUCUGUCCAUAGAAAGAAUGGAUCUUGCAAAGAAUGUGGAUUCCAUCCUUUCCUUAGUAGGAGGCAAAUAAAGAUGUACAUGAUAGGAGACUUUUAAAAUAUUGUAAACACCCUUUGCCUGCAGGGGAGCAUGCCCUAUCAACUCAAAUGAAUCUAUAAAUAAUAACUAAUUUCACGAGUGAUUUAGGUGAAUUUAUGUGUGCAUAAAACAAGGUAUGAUGAUAGAUAAAAACUGCAAUAAAACAACUUACAGACAUACUUUGAGUGAAAAUGUACAAAGUAACAUGAUUCAGAUACACCAGGAAACCAUGUUUCUCCCUCUCUCUCUCUCUCUCUCUCUCUCUCUCUCUCUCUCUCACACACACACACACACACACACAAUAUAUAUAUAUCCAGGUAAUGUACAGCCGUAUAAAAAUUAAUAGCAAUACAAAACAAUUAUUAAAGUGACCAUUACAUAGGCUAUCAGCAUUCUGUCUGUGUGAAUGGAGCCUGUCCAAAUGCUGGAUUUGCACACCCCCACCCCAAUCUUCUCUUCCUCUUUCAUGUGAUGGAGAAGGAGAUGGGAAGCUUCUGCUUCUAAUUUUAGACUAACUGUAUCUGAACCCAAGGAACUGGGGUUAGUUUAAGUUAAGGUUAGUGAGAAUAAGCCAGAAUUAAACUGUGGUUUCAGAUCCUAGUUUGUUGUCACUAGUCAUAAUCUGAUCAAACCACAGUUCACCAAGUUCAAACAUCACAGGGAACUGUGGUUAUUUUAAAAUCAGAAGCUUAUGAUCUCCUCUAGCACAUGAAAGGAGAAGUAAAGUGAUAGUCCCAUCAAGUCUGAAUUGGGCUGCUUUCAUUUUCUUUUCUCAGGGCAUUACUGUUGCUCCUGUGGGAGACAGCUUGAUGGAAUGGGUAGCUGAAAUUGAAGGCCUGAAGGAUACCUUAUGGGAAGGUAGCCAUACUGUUUCCUAUAAAUGUUGUGUUGCACUGUGAUACUGCACUGCCAAAACAAUUACAAAUGCAAUGUUUUUAAUGUGCCGUUACUACUGCUUGCCAAAUAUAUAACCCUUUACAUAUAAAUGCUUUGCAGUCUCUAUUGUGUUCUCUCUUCAAUUACCUUGCAAUAUAUUGAGGGAUUAUAUUAUAUUGCCCAGUCAGUCUGGAAGUGGAACUUGAAUCAAUGUCUUCCAGAUCUCAGUCCAAUACCUGAACAGAAGCAUUUCAAGAAUAAUUUUACUCCUUUCACUCUUUACAAUCCAAUAAAAUAUCUAUUCCUGUUGUAAACAUUUGUCUGGUUUUAACACCAAUGAACAAUUCACACUGGGUUGUGAAUACAGUGUAUAGCUUUAUUAUGUCAUGUAGUGCUUCUCAACACAGAUUUGAAGCAUAUAUGAGUGUCAUUAGGUGUGUAGACAGUCCUUAACUACAUGAACAGUGCCAGUGGAUUCAUUACAGUUAGGUAACAUAGGAAUAUAGGAAGCUGCCUUAGAUUCAGUUGGACCAUUGGUCCCAUGUAGCUCAGUAUUAUCUGCAAUGACUGCUAGUAGCUCUCCAGGUUUCAGACAAGGGACACUCCCAGCACUACCCAGAGUCCCAUUACGUGGAAUGAAGCCCACACGCUUGGUGCAAGAAUAUGUGUGAAAAUAAUUGCUCCUGUGCUUUCAUAUAUUGCAUCAUGAGUUCAGUCUUAAUUUUUCUAAAACUUUGAAAUAAUAGGUCACCUCCCUGAAAUGUUUUGUGAUGUAGAAAAAGAUUGAAAGAAGAAGAAAAAAGAUUUCAGUAACCUUUUGAAAUGACUACACAUGUAUUGAUAGCAUUGCAAAUUUUCAAAAGCAGAUGUUUUGCAACUAUGAAAUAUCACAGCAUAGGCAUUAAUAUGUCUAUAUCUUUAUGUAAGAAAUGGAAUAGCAUAUAAACUUUAAACACAAUGAAUUCGAGCUCAUUGCUCUAUUAUUUGCUAAUUCAGAGGUGGCUAUCCAUCCCCAACCUGAUACGGUCUAGUUGUUUGGGUCUGCAGCUGCUAUAGUCUUUCACCAUUGGCCAUGCUGGUUGUGGCAGAAGAGAGUGGUACAUCUGAUAGGCACCAGGUUAGAGAAGGCUAUCUUAGAGGUAUAAAUGUGACACUGUAUGCAUCUCUCUAAAUCCCCUGAUGCACCUUAGGCUCCUUCUGCCCGUUCUCUUUCUGUUCCUGUCAUCUGCUUUCCUCUCACACAUUUGAAGUCCUGUUCACCACAGCAGGAGAGGGAAGGAGUGGGCAACAAGACCAGGAAGAGAGUGGGUGGGAGGAGCUGCAGCUGCCUUAUCUCCCAUUGCUGCAUUAGAUUAAAAGGUUUGCAUCCGGUGUCUGCAUUGCAAAGUAGCAACCCUAGCUAUAAAUAUUUCUAAAAAUAUGUCAAUAUAAAGCUACAGUCUGUGCAAGCUUACAUGCGAGUUAGGCAUAUUGAUGACAGCAGGACUUAUUUCCAAGUAAAUGCAUGCAAUUUGGGGCUACACGUGCCCUUAGAUGUUCUGAUUUAUUUAUUUUUUGUACUAGGAGCUGAACUCCAACUAUCAUUAAGGUACACUGAAGAGUACAACAGAGUCCCUCCAAGCAUCACUUUCAACACUAUUCCGUUCCAUCCCAAUGGUAAGGAUGGCACUGAUGGUGAUGUCCUUCCCAUGGUGGUUGCUUAGCAGCAGAGGCUAGGUGUCCUUGACCCAGUCAUGCUCCUAGAUUUCAGAGCGGUUCUACUUCAAAGUGCUUUUUAGCAGCUACACAUAAUUCAAAUGCUAAAGCCUUUCCUUAAGGAUAGGAAUCUAUUGACUUGCUACAUUUCUCUCAGGUCCUUAGAGCUGCAUAUUAGCUUCAAAACAACCCUAUAAAGUGGGCUUGCCAAAACCAACCAAAGCUAGCUGUAGUCAUUACACCAGUUAUAGCUUUCUAAUAAUUACCUACGUGAUAGUUAAACUUCUAGUGUAGAAAAGUGUUGUGAAUAUGUACACUAACCAGAUGAGGCAGAAACAUUGUUGGUUUGUGGACAGUCUGAUCCAGAUAGAGGUGUACAGGUUGAUUCAGAUGCAGUUACAGCCCUGCUGAAGACUCAGUUUCACAGCUUGGGAGUCGCCAUUGAUCCUGCACAGUUCUUAGAGUCCAAACUGGCAGUGAUGACUAGGAUUGUCCUUUAUGAACUUCAGCUGGUACUACAAUUCUGCCCUUUCCUCCAAAUCAGACCUGGCCACUAUAAUUCAUGUACUUAUAGACUUGACUGCUGCUUCUGUAGUGCACUCUAAAUUGUACUGCUCUUUAAAGACAUCUAGAAAUUUCAAUUAGUACAAAAAGACACUGCUAGGUCUGUGGUUGUUGCCUGUUUGUUGUCAACUGGAGGUAAUGGGUCACAUUUUAAAAGCACUAAAUGGCUUUGGGACCUUGAUGCAUUAAGUAUAGCUUUCUUCCAUAUGGACUCUUUCAUGUACUUUUUAAGUAUCUGAGGUCCUGCUCCAUUCCCAUCCCAACAAGCUGAAGUUUGCUUACUAUGUAGGAGAAGAUCCUUUUUUAGCAGUAGAGCAGAUUCCAUAGAACUGGAUCCCCAGGCCAGUAUUACUGCCUCCCUUUAGACCCACAGGUCAGCAUAUGUCUUUUUAAGGAGGCCAUAGGUGCAGUAACUCUGUUGUCUUUCUGCUUUUUGUAUAGAUUACUUCUGCUAAUACAUUUGCAACCCCUUUCAAUUUUUAUUUUAUUUUAUCUCUGGUGUUGUGUACUUUUUUGCCUUUAUUAUGUUGUUUGUUCAUUGCUAUGACAGUUUUGUUAGUCGCUGUGAAUUAUUUGAUAGAAAGCUAGAUACAAAUUUUAAAUGAAAAAUAACUCAGAUCUUUAGAUAUCUGCAUAGCUUUCUUUUGUUGUCUAGCUGUAGGGAAUAAAACUUAUCAUAGCCUGUCUAGCAUAAUUCUGAUACAAAGUUUCAACUGUCUUAUUGGCAUAUAAGUGUAUGAACCUCCAUUCUGAGCAUUAAUGAUUUGUCUUCCAUGCAAGUGGACCCAAAGACUGGAAGACCUUGUCUGGAUUUUCUAGAUGAUCCUACCAAGUGGGACAGCAAACUUACAAUGACUAGUAUCCUACUUUGUAUCCAGGUAAAGAAAGAACCGUGCAAAAAAUAAUUUAUCUUACUUUUCUUUUGUUAUCAGGAUAAUUGGGGUCUGAUGCCAGGAUCCAAAUAGCUUACUUAGGUUCAUGUAAUAGGUUUCCAUGAGUCCAGUGAAGUCCCUGCCACCGCUCACUAUUUGAAAAUGUGUUCACUCUCCCUCCCAUAGCACAAACUGUUUAUGAAGCUUCCCUCGGUUUUACAAGUUUCAGAAUCAGUUUGCUGGUUAGUAGGAGAGAGGGCCCAUAAGGGAAAAAGUAUAGCAUACAUGCACCAGCUUCAAAUAAUUGUUUUCUCAGUUUUUUGGGUCCAGUCACAGUAUUGAUUUCAAACCUAAAUUGUAUUUGUACAAAGCAGGAACCGUUAUUCAUAUAUUUGUUUCAUUGAACGCCAUAGCAGUUUGCUAUUGAUUUUCAUAGUCAAAACAUGGAACCCAAAAACAAAGGAAAUCUGUUUCAAUCGAGAAGUAGUUGUUGCUUUGGAUGUAAUAUAUCAGCAGUUUUGUACAAACUCAUUUCUUUGGCCCCAUUUUCCAAUUAAGGUAUGAAAUGUGAAACUCAAUUUUGUUCAUCUUUUGUUAAUUCACCUCAUUUUGCUCAUGUGCUUCACUUACUCCUUAUUAGCCUUGUCUGAAACAGCUUGGACAAAACUGUUGUGAGAAGCAAUAAAAUAAAAGCAGAAAAAGGCCACCUUUUAAAAGCUGUAGCAGUAACUUCUUAAUUUGGAUAAGAAUUUAAUCUGUAUGUGAAUUAUGUUUCAGACAGAACUUCAGACAGUUCUAAUGGUGAACAUGAAUAGCCCAGCUGCAGCUUUUACCAGUUCUAUCUUUCAUAUGUUCUUUCUGUCACUCUUUCACAAGCAAACCAGUGUGGGCAAAGUAAUCAACAUGGCUAACUUUCCAUCAUGAAUUUUUGAGUGUUCUGGGACAAAAUGUGCCUACAUUUCUUUGGUGCCGCGCAAAGACGCCCAGCUGAAUCUUGUUGGGGAACCCUGAGAAAAAGCUGUGAGUGAAUUCCUAUCUUCUGUGUGCGGAGUAUUAGACUGCACACGCCCCGUACAUUUAAAGCACACACACACACACACACACACACACACACACCAAAAAAAGAAUCAUGGGAACUGUAGUGCACCCCUCACAAAGCUGCCCUUAACAAACUACAGUUACCAGGAGUCCAUCUGGGGCUGGAUGUGCUUUAAAAGUAUGGUGUAUGUGCAGCCUAAUGCUCUACACACGCAAGAUAGGAAUUCACCCGUAGAUUUUUCUCAUGGCGGGACUGGCAGCAAUCACCUCUGUAAGGAAGUUGAGGCUGCAAAGUCGCUUCCCUGUUAACUGGUUUAGCCAUAGAGAGAUCUGGCUCACUCCACUGCCCCCCCCCCAUUACUCCACGUCUGCCACUCAGCCAUGGCAGUCAGGAGUGGCAUGGUUGAGGCAAACAGAGCAGAACGGUGGGAGGUGGAGGCUGACCAUACUGUUUUCCUUGUACAUACACACACACAGCAGGAUUUGCCAAAGAAGCAAAUGUUUGUAUCCUUCUUUACAGUCAUGAAAUGCUUUUACUUUCUCUGAAUUCUGGUGAUUCAUAAAGCUUUAUAAACUGGUACGCCCAUGUAUCUCCCUGCAGGUUUUGCUGUCUAUUCCAGUUUUGAAAAAUCCAGUGAACUUGGAGGCAGCUCAUUUGCUGAAGAACAAUUAUCCCCUGUAUAGGAAAAAAGUUAUACAGUGUGUCAAAACUAGCCAGCACCUAGACGGUAAUAAACCUCCAUGCUUUAUGCUUUUAGUCAUAAAUAUAUUCUUUGAGCACCAUGGGGAGUUUUAGAAGAACCCGUUUAAAUGGCUUUCUUAAAAAACCACUAUUUUACACAAGGCAGUAAAUUUUAAUUAGUGUGAUUGGCAAUGUAACUUGAGUAUGGGUUCUCUAGGCAGAUCUAUGAUCUCACAAAGCAUAUUUGCCAGGCAGUGUUCAGAGGUGAUGCAGAGGUCAUGAGCUGGGAAAUGAAGCAAGGACAACACUGGAACAGGAGAAAGUUAGAGUUGUUAGCCAGUGAUUUCUUUAGAUGCCACAUUUACCCUACAGCAUGACCCACAAUGAAAAGUAACCACAUAGCAAUGCCACUAGUUUGCUACUACUUUACAUUAAGGUUUGAGCCCAAGUAAAUAUUGACAUUGGAACUGAGAUGUAUCCUGCACCUUCCAUGUAUUCUGAUCUCACCUGAGCAGAUCAAAUAUGUAAUAUAAUUCAGAGACUUCCGGGGUGGCGCCUCCGAAAAAUGGCGGAAUUCCCUUCGAACUGAAGGGAACCCGCUGCACGGAGGCUUGGGUCCUGCCGCUACGGCGCAGCGGGGACCCUUAAAAACCACAGGCGGAAGAAGCCUGUGGGCGGGGGACUCGGCGGGCACCGAGAGCGCUCUCUCCCCUUGUACAGGAGCCCGGUAACGGGCUCCGGAGUGGGAGGUGCGUGGUGCUGUGAGUCGUCUGCUUCCUCCGUGCAGCAAAGCUGCACUGCCGUUUUCGGAGAGCGCUGCCUUUUUCCUGGACAAUUUGGCAUCUAAAACAUCUAUCCGUGAGUACCCGAUCCUGGAAGAGCUGAACUACUUUUAAGAUUGGUGAAUAAAUAAAGAACAUUGGACUUGAACUUGAAAUUGAAUUUAAUUGGGACUCGGAACGGAAAGGUCUAAACAGGAAGUCGCCUUCCGUUCUUUUGUUACGUGAAGAAAGCAAAGACAAAUUAUACUAAAGCCUGGAAACUAAAUUCUGAGAGAACUAAAAUUCAACAUCUAAGAUUUCUGAACCCCCUUCGAUUGCAGGAGAAGAAGGGGUUGUUUUGAUCUUUUCAACCCUGCGGGAGUGAGUUUAAAAUAAAGUAAUUUUCCACCGCCCUGAACCAGGAGCGGGCUGUCAGAACUGACGUUUUGAAGCUUAUCCAGCUCGACAGAUAGUUAAAAGAAGGGUAACAUUUUGAUUCUACUGUUGCCUCUUGAAUUUGAAAGGGGGAAUUUUGGAUAAAGUGUUUCUGGAAAAAGAAAGAUUGUUACUGUUGUUUUUCCCCCUCUUAAAAAAAAAAAGGGGGGGUUUUCCAUCUAGUGGAACUGAGUGAAAUUGCAAUGCAGAGAGUUUAAAAGAGAAGGAUCAUUCUCGUGGGAAAGAAUUUUCUUUGACCUUGAAGGACAAUGCUUGUACAAAGGCUUGAACAAGUGUUCCUGGAAGGUUUUGCAAAAUUAAGUGCCCAGCUGGACCAGAUGCGUCAGGAGUCGACCUUGAUGAGGACGGAAGUUACCAGAGCACAGCAGCAAACAAAUGAAAUUCAGUUAAAGUCUAUACAAGUAUAUGAACCUGCUGUAGCGACGGAGGCUUCAGAGAUGGAGGGACCUAUGGAUGGGCAAGAUCAGCCUUUGAACUUGAUAAAUGAACUUGGGACAAACCUGAUUCGGAAAGAUGAAAUGUGGUCAGAUUUGGAAAUGGGGGGAUGGAUUGACACCCCUCUAUAUGGUUAUUUGGACUUUCCGAGUCUAGUGAUGGGCCAUCAGAGGAAUGGAGUAGUCGAAGUCUCCAAGUUUCGUGGAAAUUGGAAGUGGUAUUAUCUGCUGUCUGGCUUGGGCAAUGGGUUUGGGAUGGACUUGCUGCAAAGAGUCAAAAGCAUUUUCUUGCUGGAGUAUCCACGACUGAAAGGGAAAUAUCAACAAGAGUGGCGAAAGGGGCAAGAAAGAGACUUGAGGGCCUCGGAUAUGAGACAACCAGGUUAAGGAGCCGGAUUAUUGAGGUUAAAAGGACUGACAAUCCCGGGUCCAGGGGAGGGAGGCUGGAAGUUGACUGGAUUGAAUCUGACUUAUUGUUUUUGCUUUCUUAUUUUCUAAUAUUGGGAAUGUUUAUAAAUGUUUGAAGGAUGUUGAAUGAAAUUAUAUGACUUAAGUAAGGAUUGGUAAAUGAUUUGAAAAAGGUAAUGAUGUAAGAAUUUGCUAAAUAUUGAAUAUAAGCUUUGAGUUUUAAAGUUUUUAUAUGACAAGAGGGAAAAUAGAAUAAGGAAACGCAAUGAUAGAUUGUUAUGAAAAAACAGAAAGGAUUUGCUGUAAAAAUUAAAUACUAAGAAACAAGAGACGGAAGGAGGAGGAAGUCUAGAAAGGAAGUUAAUGGAGAUCGUAAAGGAUUUUAUAUUUCUGUUUAUCUGUUUUUCUUUUUUCUUCUUUUUUGCGGCUGGGUUUUUUCUUCUUUACUAUUUCUGUAUUAUUUUUGUUUUAUUUGUAUUUUCAAAUUUUUUUUGGAAAUGUUUGUUGUUACUUGUUACUUUUUGAAAAUUUAAUAAAUAUCAAUUUAAAAAAAAACAAAAAAACAAAUAUGUAAUAUAAUUCAGACACGUUAAAAUAUGUGUAACUAUAGGCCACAUUCACUGGACCUCCAAGAGCAGCCUUUGUCAACCGUGGGUCCCCAGAUGUUGUUGGACUACAACCAGGACUUUUUUUCAGUGGGAACUCACUGGAACUCAGUUCUGGCACCUCUCUUGUGGGUUCCAGCACCUCCAGUCAUUCUAAGAGAACGAGGGAGGCCUUCAUGGUGAGUUCUGGCACCUCUUUUUCUAGAAAAAUAUCACUGACUACAACUCGCGUCAUUUCGUUCCAGCAUGGCCAGUGGUCAAAGAUGAUGGGAAUUGCAGUUAAAGAACAUAGGGGGACCCAAGAUUGAAAAAGGCUGAGCACAAGGGUGGUUUGGUCUUCAUAUGGCAAGACCCUAUUUGAGCAUUCUUUCCUUGAGGUUGUGUUUGACUGGAGGAUGCGGUUCUCAGCUGGGGUAGUUGUAGCAUUAUUACUAUACAACAGGCCUCCUGGGUCAAGACAUCAUUUUUAUUCUGCACCUGUGAUGUGAAUGGGUUUGUUCAGACAAGUUAGAAUCCGUUCAGGUCUUCAUUGACCCCAUACAAUUUCCUAUGGGUUGGCACUAAGUAUGGGGCAGCCUCAAAAGCCAGAGAGGAUCAAAUGAGGCACUUGUUACACAUGGUAUGUAAACAAUUUGCCACUGCACUUUGAAUGGUCAUAGCAGUACUUCUUCAAGCUGCGGUGAUUGUGCAAACUGCAGCAGUUGCAUGUCCACCUCACACUUGCAAACACCAAUUCACAGAACCAUUGCAUCCAUGUAGUUUUGGCCAGGUUUUGAGACCACUGACAUUCCUGUGCACUGGGUUCAACUGCAUCUGAACUAUGUAUUAGUGUGCCCUUUGAGGGGGGGCAUGAUAGGAUUGUAAGUGCCCAGAACAUUAAGGAUAAGCAAAUCACAUAUUUUUAAAAGUUGCUCUCUUUAUAGCUAUCAGUUUGGAAAGAUCUCUCAGCACAUUCAGGCGUCCCCAGGAAGAUGAAGAAUAUGGCCAAGAAAGGUAAUAAAUUAUGAUUAAGAGGCUGUAAAUGGGCCACAAAAAGCUUCCAAUUUUAUAACCAUCCAAAUUAGGGUAACUGUAUAAAUUAACUCCUUUUGUAUAUUUCUGGUUGAUCAGUUGGUUGGUUAAUUGGUUAAUUAGAAAACUAGUAAGCCACCCUUCAGAAAAAAAUAUAUCAGGAUAACAAUAAAAUGAUAGAAACAAUAAAGAUAUAAAACCUCUAUAAGUUGAAACAGUGGAAGAAGCAUUAGAACAAAACCAUAAAUAUUUAGCAGGAUGGAUACAACCAUAAUAAUAAUAACUGUUUAUUAUGGCUGAGUUUGUGUGUAACAGCUAAACCGUGAUUUAGUGUUACAUGCAUGAGCCUCCGCAAGCCCAAGUGAAGCCAUAGGCUGAAAUGUUCCCCACUCCCUUCCUCCCAUGUGACUGGGAGAAGGAUUGAACUGUGAUUCAGUAUCACAUUCCACAAUUCAUUGCUUGUCACUACAUAUUGUUUAGAGCUUUAAACACUAGCGUGAGCAUCUUAAAUUAAGCUUAGAAAUGAACCGGCAGCCAAUGCAGCUGUUUUAGAGGAAGGUUUAUACGAAUUCUAAAGGCAACCCUAUCCAGUAAUCUGGUCACUGCAUUUUGAACCAGUUGACGUUUCUGAUUUGUCUUCAAGGGCAGCCCCACAUAGAAUGCAUAGCAGUAAUCUGGUCUGAAAGUUACCAGAGCGUGGAAUACUGUGUCCAAAUCAUCUUUGUCCUGAGGCACCAUUGCCAAUAACCAAAUGUAGCUAGAAACAGCUGAGCCACUGAGGCCAGCUGGGCCUCAGGUGACAAUAUUGGUUCCAGGAGUACCCUCAAGCUACAAACAUGCCCCUUCCUGAACUCCAUCCAUUCCCACCAGAAUUUCUGUGGUAGAAAAAUAUUGGGACAGUUUUAUGGGGCAGGAGAGCAAAAAUCUUUAGAGUUGAGGGUACUAGGAAAGUAAAGAGGUGUCAGCCUUGUUAUUAGUGGCUGAAGAAGGUUCAGAGUUGAACAGUUUCUCACAACUUUAAAUAAAGAGGGAAGUAUAAAGUCUUUGAAGAGCAGCUGCUAACAUCUUACAGGACAGCAGAAGCAAAAGCGGAGGAAAGAGCAGGGCAGGAACAUCAAAUAUACCAAGAAUAAUGAUGUUCUUUGUGCUCAAGAUUCUUGUCAUUUUAUAAGAUACGUUGCUGGUCUCCUUCCUCUUGAAUUCUUUGAAGCCUGCUGAAAUAUCUGUGGUAGUAACAUGCCCAGAGGGUUUUUUGGAGCUCCUAUACAUGGCUUCCUCUGUUUGGCUUAUUUAUAAAAUUAUGCUGCUGCUUUUAUUUUUAAUUAUUCAAUUAUUUGAUUUGGUGAUAGGCCUAUUUUAUUGAAGUAUGUCCAACAGUGAAUAAGACACUGAACGCCCUAGGCACUAAGCUAUACAAAGGCUGCAUACAACUCUGCCUGCUUUCUCAUAGUGUCCCCCUGCCAGAGAGAGAGACCAUCCUUUUUUUCUUCAUUUACACUGGACCGAAAGUCAGGAAAGAGCCCACUGCCUAGCUCUCACCUGUUUGUUUGUUUGUUUGUUUGUUUGUUUGUUUGUUUGAAUGACAUGAUUAUACUUUUCUUUAAACACAGCACAGCAUAGCUUGCUUCUGAAUUUCUGAGAAGCCAUAACCUGCCCUGUGUUAUAGCCAAGUGUGUUGGUGUGUUUCUGAUGACUUUAUCAGAGGAAGAGGGAAAAGCUUUCAGUUGGAAUUUCAGUGCAGCUCUGGGGGUCUUUAAAUGCAAUCGUUAGGGGUGAAAAUGUAAAGUUUCAGUAUCUUUAUAAACUCCCCCCCUACACACACACACUAGUAUUUGGCAUCACGGAGCCAGCACAGGCAAUCUCACAGCCAUUGCACCCAGAAUGUUUCAUUCUGUGGAAGAACCUUCUUGGUCCUUAAUUCAGCAAAGCGGGGGGGCGGGGGAGUCUAGGUAGGCCUAUGGGAUGCUAACUUGCCCCUCCCAUGCUCAUUUCUGAGGUGAUUGCCUCAGUUUGCCUAAUGGUAAGGCUGGCCCUGAUCUUGAGGCACCAUCUACUUCAUGUGGGCUGUCCAUCACUUUACAGAAACUGGACUGCCAUCUCUCAGGGAAGCUUCAGUUGUAUGCUGCAUUACAGAUUCUCCAUUACAGAUCCUGCACUGAGCAAGUGGCUGGACUAAAUUGCCUCCAAGGUCCUUUCCAACACUGGUUCUAUUCUAUGACUCAAAAUACAUCAUUUCCAUUGUUUCUGAUAUAAAACGAAUUCAGUAUUUAUUGUGUUAGAUUUUUUAAAAAAAACAAAGACCAGAUCACAGAUGGAAGUUAACUGCUUUUCUUUUUUUAUGUGAUCUCUUUCUACAAACAGGAUCAUGUAGAGAAGCAGGAAUAUGAAUCAGAUUUUCCAUAGAUAUUGCCAUCCUGCAAAAUUUUAAAAAUGCUACCAAUUUUUUUUAUAUAAAAAAAGUCUGGAUUGCUAGCAGCCUGAUUCACAUGGAGGUUUGUGAGUCGUGUACAGAGGGAAAAAAUUGAGGAAAAAAUGGUUCGUUCAUAUGUGAACUUACUUUGCUAAACACAUCCCUAAUAUGAAUUUUUAAGGCUUAUUUCUCUUGAUGUUGUCCUAAGCAAGUUAUAAGGUCAUUUUUCUUAGUUUUGGUGCAGGAGAUUCAUACAAAGGGAUUUGGGAAAUAACCAAUCCAGCUCACUCAAACUGGGUGCAAAUAUGUAGGCUUGUGUUUCGUUAAAGUCAUACUGUUUGUCUUUGUGUGGAAAGUGAGUAGUAAGAAAUGUGGUCCUUUCAAGCCUCCUUUCUUUUUCAUUUUCUUGCUGAUUCUGUUGCUUUGUAGAACAUUCUGCCAGAAAACCUGUGUCAGAUAGCUAAUUGCAUAAUCCUCUCUGAAAACUCAUCCUUCUCCCAAAUGUAUAUUUUCAGAUAUGUUACCUCCAUAUCGUAUGAAGAAUAUUACUGGACAUGGUAUAAAUUGGCCACAUCAAAAGCUGCAGAAGAGUUUAAAAGCCCAGGUAAGCUGAUGCUUUUGGCUUAGCAAAAACUAAAGAUAGCAAGCCUGAUUCUGAUCUUGUGCUAGAUUUGAGUAAGUGCAAGGGCUCAUUCUCAUGACCUCCCAGUAUGGCAGCUGAAGUUUUAAGUCAGGCCACACAAACUUUCAGGAGCAAUGCCAUACACUAAGGAAAUUUUUGAAUGAAAGCUGGCUCAUGACUUUGUGAGAUUUUGUUGGUUUCUGCUUUCCUUCACUGUGCAGCUCUGCUUGUCACGAGACAGGUGUUUACAUUCCACAGUCUGUACUGUUGGAGUUUCUCACGGGAAAGGGAGACUGGAUGUGACGUACACUGGUUUCCUGUUUUCACUGUGUGAUUCUCUCCGAGCUGUCGAGGAGAGAGGAUGCAUUUUCUGCUCCGGCAGAGGCAAGAUGUCUUUCUGUAAUAUACCAGCUUUGAACUGUAAAUAAAGCUAUAUAGAGUAUGCAGCACAUUUUCCUCAUCCUUCCGCUGGGCACGAGACUCUGCUUAAAUCAACACGUGGUUAUGGACUCCAGAAGUCGAAUCGGAGUGCCGGCAAAGGAUCGGAAUGCAGAGGGACGGAUCGGAAAGGAAUCUGCUCUGCGCGUAGAAGUGAUUGAUGAGGUAUGUGCUACUGCUCCGGGCAGCCUGCCAGCUUCAAGUUAAUGGCUUUAUGGCUGGACUUUGAACUUUUAAAGCCGGUUUUGCCGGGAAUAGGCAAAAGGCUCCCAGGCACAAGUCACUAUGCUGGGGAAAUCGAAAGUAACUUUUAAGUGCGCUUUUGUAAUAAGGCAGCUGCAGCAGUGACGCAGCAAGAUUUAAAGCAGCAUAUAUAUGACGCUGAAGGCUAAUGCCAGAGUCAUGAUGGCCCUUCAGGAUGCUUGUGGGAUUCCUAAGCUCAACAAGAAAAAUUACAGCGACUGGGUUCAGUAUGCAGAGGCAAUUCUGCGGAAAGAGGGUUUGUUUGAGGUGAUUACAGAAACCCCCAGUUCCAGUUACAGAUGCAUGGCAAGCUAAGGAUUCCAAAGCAAGGGAACUCUUACAUUGAUAGUAUCCCCAGAAGAGCUCUGUCUAUUGCGUGAUAAGACCUCAGCCAGAGAAAUUUGGGACGCUUUGAGAGAGGCUCACUUAAGGACAGAAGCUGGAUCCACUAUGUUUUACUUUAACAAGCUGCAUAAUAUGGCUCUUGCUGAAGGUGGAGAUGUGCGUUUACAUCUGAUGGAGAUGCAAAAUCUGAGACAUGAGCUGCAACAGAGAGGACUCAACUUUCCAGAGGCUGUGUAUUCUUUCAUGAUACUACAAUCUUUGGGUUCAGGUUGGGAGUCUGUUGCAACCCAGAUUGCUGUGCAACCAACUGCUCAGCUGACAGUGGACUUUGUUACUGCCGUGAUUUUAAAUGAAGCAGAUCGCCGGGGUGCUAGCUGCAUGGGCAAGGGAGUCUUCACAGACGUCAUCCCAUAGUGCAGUGGAACCACCAGAUGGCGCCAAAGCUUUGAAGGCAGUGAAAUGCUACUCGUGUGGACGUCUAGGCCAUAUGAAGAGGGAAUGCAGAUAUCCCAGGGCCAAGACAGAGCAGCGCAGCGAAGCUCAUCGCGUGGAAAGGCCGAGGUAAAGGCAAAGGUCCGGUGUCUAGGACAACGCAGCACAAGGCUAUGGUUUCACGCUUCACUCCAAAGGUUGCAGAGGUCCAGAAGACGUCUAGAUCUUUCUUCGUUGUUGAUUCAGCGGCCACCCACCACAUGUGCAACGAUAAGAAACUGUUUGUGUCUUUUACACCGCAGGAAGGUGCGAUUCACCAGGCGGAUGACCACACUAUUCCCAGUAAAGGCUACGGAACUGUUGUUCUUCACAGUUUGGACUUAUCGAUACAGAAUGUGCUUUACGUGCCAGACGCCAAACAUAAUCUGCUCAGCGUUGGACAGCUGAAUGAGCGGAACAUUGACGUUUCCUUCAAGAACAAGAAGUGCAUCAUCACAAAGAAAAAUGAUUAUGUAUUGCAUGCAGAAUAUGUUGAUCAUUUGUUUGUUUUGUAUUAUGAUGAUGUGGUGCAGGAUGACACUUGUUGCAUUGCAGGUUCUAACAAAAGUUUGCAUGCAGAAUGUAUUCACGAUUUUCAUCGAAAAUUUGGUCAUUUGCAUUUUGAGGCAGUAUCUAAAAUGCCUGCCUUGGUUGAAGGUAUGACUAUUAAACCCUGCAGGUACCACAUGAAGUGCAAAGCAUGCGCAGCAAACAAGGUGAAAAUGGCUGCGAAAGGUAAGGUGUCUAGUAGGACAGCUACAGAACCAUACCAGGUUGUUCAUGCUGAUUUGGUUGGACCACUAGCGCCCUCUUUGGGUGGAAAUAGAUACUUCAUGGUUCUCAUUGAUGCAUUUUCUAGAUAUAUUUUUGUGUACAAUCUCAAGCAGAAAUCGGAGGCUUUUCCUAGGUUCAAGGAAUUCUGUGCUUGGUUGGAAAAUGUGCAUGGUAAGAAGAUAAAGACUCUUUUCAGUGAUCGCGGGGAAUUCACUUCUCAGAAGUUUGCAGCUUUUCUGACUGAGAAAGGAAUUCAACACGAUUUGUCUAGUCCUCGCUCGCCAUGGCAGAAUGGACUUGCGGAACAGGCAAAUCAGACUUUGCUUCAAGGGUUAAAAACCUUGCUGCAUGAUGCCAAUCUUCCAGAGAGUUAUUGGGCCGAAUCUCUCUCGUGUUUUGUUUACAGUUACAAUCGCAGGUUAUCUUCAGCGAUUGGUUGUACUCUAUGAGAAGAUGUUUGGCAAGAAGCCAUACAUCAAACACAUGAAGAUUUUGGUUCUGACAUGUGGGUUCGCUCACCACAAAACUCCAAGUUAGACAAGCGUGGAUUGCAUGGUAUCUUUCUAGGUUAUCAGAAAGGGUCUUACAGAAUAAUGAUGACUGACUCUAAGACAAUUAAGCUCACGAGAAGUGUUGAGUACAAUGCAAAGUGGGGGGGAGAAUGUGGGAAUUUUCCAAUGUUAUCCUGAUGACGGUGAUGAGACUGAGGAUAGUCAAAAGCAACCACAACAACCCACACCCACUGAUGAAGGUUCUGAGUCUGAAUCUGAAACUGAAUCGGGUGAUUCAGAGGAUUUCAAGAGUGCGAAAGCCUCUAUGCGACCCUCUGAAAGCUCUGAUCAAGAAUUGGAGGAACCAUUGUUCACAAUAGGUCGUUUUUCUCCUAAGAAGGAAGAGGAGAGUGUUGAAGACUUAAGGCUAAUUCGUAGGUCACAGAGAGCCACAAAAGCAAACCUCCAAAGAGAUUUGCUGAUGAGUUUGCUACGAUAGCAGUAACAGCUGUUAAAAGCUCCAAGAAGGUAUUUGAACCUUCAAGUUUCCAAGAAAUCCAGGGUUUGGAUUCAAAGGAAGCUGAGCCAUGGUUAAAUGCCAUGAAGGCUGAGCUUGAUUCCUUAGAAAGGAACAAAACAUGGGAGCUAGUUCCAGUAGUUCCAGGAAUGAAACUGCUUGGAAGCAAAUGGGUCUUCAAAGCGAAGACAGAUCAAAAUGGCAAGAUAGUCAGACACAAAGCCAGAUUGGUAGCCAGAGGUUUUGCACAGGUACCAGGUCAAGACUAUCACGAGACCUAUUCACCCACAGUGAGAUAUGAAAGCAUUAGGCUUAUGCUCAAGCUAGCUGCAGAGGAAAAUCUACACAUUAGUCACCAUGAUAUUAAUACAGCUUUUCUGUACGGAUCUCUAGAUGAAUCACUUUAUAUGCUUCCACCUGAUGGCGUACAGGUAAAACAGGGAUUUGUUUGUGCUCUGAAGAAAUCCCUUUAUGGUCUCAAACAAAGUGCACGGUGUUGGCACACAAAACUCACUGAAGUAUUGUUUUCUCUAGGUUUUCAGCAAGGAAAGCUGAUCCAUGUGUAUUUGUCAAAGAGGAGGGGCAAAAGAAACUGUACUGUUUGUUUUAUGUUGAUGAUUUAUUAUUCUUUUGGAAAGAUGUUGCAAUGUACAAUAGCGCCUAGCUCAACUGAAAGAGCACUUUGACAUGAAAGAUCUUGGUGAGGUAAACAACUACCUAUCUCUGGAAAUAGAGAGAGAUCAAGAUGGUAACAUUCUAGUACACCAGUCACGGAAAAUUGCUGAUGUGUUAAGCAAACUAAAUCUGAUGGAUGCUAACCCUGUAGACACACCGAUGACAACAGGUUAUCAGGUAGAUGACACUGAAGAAGCAUUUUCUGACACUACACUGUACAGGAGUGUGCUAGGCAAGCUAAACUUCAUUGCCAGAUGUUCAAGACCAGACAUUGCUGUUAGCUGUAAUUUGCUAAGCAGACAAGUCAACAAUCCUAGUGUCAAGGAUUGGAAAGCUCUGAAACGCAUAGCGCGGUAUUUGAAAGGCACUAUGCAUUACAGACUGAGAUUUAACAAUCAGAAGUCUGGUGGUCUUGAGAUAUUUGCAGAUGCAAGUUUUGGAAGUGACGCUACAGACAGGAAAAGUACGUCUGGAGUUUGCUAUAUGUACAAUCAGAGUCUGUUUGAUUGGUCAUGCAAGAGCAAACAACAGUUAGCUUAAGUACUUGUGAAGCCGAACUGAAUGCACUGUCUUAUUCACUUAAGGAUUGUGAAUGGUUAGUACAAUUGUGCAAAGAUAUGAAAAUUCCUGUCAAAUGUCCAAUCCAGGUUUACCAGGACAACAAAGCAUGUUUGGCUUUGCUGAAGUCUGAAGGUUGUAAGCAAAGCACAAAGCACUUGCAAUUAAAGUUGCAGCAUGCUAGGGAAUGUAUUCAGAAGGGACUCGUAACGGUGUCCUAUAUGCCAGGUAAUGAAAUUCCUGCUGAUGUAUUGUCCAAGAUUGUAUCAAGGGAUCAACACUGUACCUAUGUGCAGAAGUUGGGUUUGUACUGAUAUUGUGCAAACACGCUGCCCAGUGAUGUUCACAGAAAGGGGAGGAUGUUGGUUUCUGCUUUCCUUCACUGUGCAGCUCUGCUUGUCACGAGACAGGUGUUUACAUUCCACAGUCUGUACUGUUGGAGUUUCUCACGGGAAAGGGAGACUGGAUGUGACGUACACUGGUUUCCUGUUUUUCACUGUGUGAUUCUCUCCAAGCUGUCGAGGAGAGAGGAUGCAUUUUUCUGCUCCGGCAGAGGCAAGAUGUCUUUCUGUAAUAUACCAGCUUUGAACUGUAAAUAAAGCAAUAUAGAGUAUGCAGCACAUUUUCCUCAUCCUUCCGCUGGGCACGAGACUCUGCUUAAAUCAACAGUGCAAGGGCUCAUUCUCAUGACCUCCCAGUAUGGCAGCUGAAGUUUUAAGUCAGGCCACACAAACUUUCAGGAGCAAUGCCAUACACUAAGGAAAUUUUUGAAUGAAAGCUGGCUCAUGACUUUGUGAGAUUUUGGUUAGUCUUAUUAAAGGUAUUAUAACACUGUAGCUUCUGGAGCAGUUGCUUUUUUUUGUUAUGGACAAACGUAGCUACCUUCUUUUUAAGAUGGUUGGAUGGCGGCUAACAGAUUGAGGUUGAAUCCUGACAAGACAGAAGUACUGUUCUUGGGGGACAGGAGGCGGGCAGGUGUGGAGGAUUCCCUGGUCCUGAAUGGGGUAACUGUGCCCCUGAAGGACCAGGUGCGCAGCCUGGGAGUCAUUUUGGACUCGCAGCUGUCCAUGGAGGCAGAGGUUAAAUCUGUAUCCAGGGCAGCUGUUUACCAGCUCCAUCUGGUACGCAGGCUGAGACCCUAUCUGCCUGCGGACUGUCUUACCAGAGUGGUGCAUGCUCUGGUUAUCUCCCGCUUGGACUACUGCAAUGCGCUCUACGUGGGGCUACCUUUGAAGGUGACCCGGAAACUACAACUAAUCCAGAACGCGGCAGCUAUACUGGUGACUGGGAGCGGCCGCCAAGACCUCAUAACACCGGUCUUAAAAGACCUACAUUGGCUCCCAGUACGUUUCCGAGCACAAUUCAAAGUAUUGGUGCUGACCUUUAAAGCCCUAGAUGGCCUCGGUCCAGUAUACCUGAAGGAGCGUCUCCACCCCCAUCGUUCUGCCCGGACACUGAGAUCCAGCACCGAGGGCCUUCUGACGGUUCCCUCACUGCGAGAAGCCAAGUUACAGGGAACCAAGCAGAGGGCCUUCUCGGUAGUGGCGCCCUCCCUGUGGAACGCCCUCCCACCAGAUGUCAAAGAGAACAACAACUACCAGACAUUUAGAAGACAUCUGAAGGCAGCCCUGUUUAGGGAAGCUUUUAAUGUUUGAUGUAUUAGAGGAUUUUAAUAAUUUUUUUGGAAGCCGCCCAGAGUGGCUGGGGAAGCCCAGCCAGAUGGGCAGGGUACAAAUAAUAAAUUCUUCUUCUUCUUAUUAUUAUUAUUUAAAGUUGCAUGUAUGUGCCAGUACCACAUGAUUGAUAUUUUUCACCCACCGUGUGCUCUUGAAAUGCUCAAGUGAUAUGUAGGAGCAAGACUGGUGCAAUACAUUGUGUCACCUGAGGCGACAGUGGCCAUCAUCCUGCCCCCCCCCAUUUCCUCUACCUCUGCUGUUGGUUCCCCUCCUCCUUUCCCUUCUGCUGCCACUGUUACCCCCUCCUUGCCUCAACUAGUUACAUUAAACUUAACUUCAGGAGUGCCAGCUUGGUCCUGCGACCAUGGAUGCCCGGGGCUGUGGGUGCCAUGCAGUGUGCAUGGCCCUGGCACUGGAAUUUGUGGGUGCCCAGUCCCUUCAUAGGGAAUUUUGUUGGUGCUUGGACACCCAGGGCCCCAGGGAGUUGGCACCUACGCUUAAGUUUAAACAGAAUUUCUAGCUGUUGCUGCCAAUCAAUGGCAGCACAGGCAUUCUCCCAGUCACCUUUUUCAAAAUGCCUUUGCUCUUCCUCAGAGCAUGGCAGGGGGAAGAGGGGGUUGUACUGAAGCUUCUUGCUGCUCUGAUGUAGCAGCAGCAGGGCUGGUGGGUGGGCUGGUAGAUAGGGGACCAGUUUGCCAUUCCCCCAAACAGAAUUUUUGAAAACUAAAAACAUGUACACAGAACAAUUCUAAUAAUAAGUUAGAAUUUAAAAUAGCAGCAGUAAUAGAGCGAGACAUAGAAGUCACUAGUGUCUAUGAAAAUUGGUUAUACCCUGUCUCCUGAAUAAUAAAAGGUUGGUGGCUCAGUUACUCGCCAAGGAAAGGCAUUCUACAAAUGGGACACAAACACUGAGAAGGUCAUUUUCCUGGUUGCUGUCUUCCUAAUGUCAUCUGGCAGAAACACCCAUAGAAGAAACCAUGAAAUAUGUCUUAAAUUCACUUUUGUAUAUAGGAUUUUAUUUGGGUUCAUGUUGCUCGCUGAAGUUUUCCUUUAGCAUUCCUUCAACUUUCAUACUAUGCUGAAAGGCAUAGUAUGUUUAAGGAUCAGGCUUGUCGUUCAGACCCUUAUUGUUUCCACUAAACAUAAUUGUUCUCCUGUUGAAACUGUUGGCAAUUCUCUUUCUAGUGUUUGAAGACCCAAACUUCAUAGGAAACCGCUAUGGAUGGAGGGCAGAAAAUGUGGACAAAGGACAAUGGGAUAGUCUUACGUAGGUAUCUUAUGAAAAUUCAAAUUGUGCACAUCUAGAAGCAGCAAAAUAUGGUGCCAAAUUUGGGGUCUUGGUGUUAUAGUGAUUAUAUAUGCAAAAUGUCUUUGUGAGGGUAUCCGCAGUAAAUCAAAAUGUAUGCUUUGAAUUAUGAAGCCACAGGGCUUCAUAAUACAUAAUCAUGUAGCAAUAAUAAUAAUACGGUGUAAGGUCUCCAUCAGCAAUGAGUUCACCUAUCUCUUUUGUGAAAGUUUAACAGCAGAAAGAAAGAAAGAAAGAAAGAAAGAAAGAAAGAAAGAAAGAAAGAAACUUCUGGGGUGUUUGAAGCAGGGGUUCCCAAAAGUUCAUAAUGCUGUUGUUCAGAAUGCAAAUUUGUCUCGCUUAAAUGCUCAUAUGUAUUAUGAAUUCAGCAUUCUCUGGGUCAAAAUAUAAAAGGAGAUUAUGGAUAUGCAUGAGCUGUAAGUUUUUAACUGCUCUUCAAAAUUUCAUUGCUAUUUUCAUCCCAGUCCUAGGUGCUAAUUGUUCCAGGGAACUAUGCAGUUCUGAAGUUACAGCACAUCUCGAGGCAGCUCCUGAGCCUUGGGAGCAAGGGAGCUCAGCAAUCCUUGAACUUGUCUGUCCAAAUGAGCAAAACCUUGACAGGGUUUCCUUAUAAUUUCUUUCUGUAAACCCUUUCAUUAGUCCAUGUCACCCUAGUUAGACUCUUAGGGUAGGGUUCCUUCGUGUCAAGUGGCUGCUGAAAACUCAUUGAAAAUAUAGGCACCUUUUGACAAUAGUAAAAGCAAAAAGAAAACUGAAAUGACAUGUUUGACUCAGAAUUAGUUUUGGGGACAAUUCUCUUUAUUAUUUUAUCCAAUGUGUGUGGUUGCUGCCUCCUAAGUAGAUUUAAAAUCUUCUCUUCUUCUUUGUGUCUGUUUGGGAUUGGGAGAAGAGGCUUGAAUUUCCAGUAUGCCUCUGAUACCAGGUACUGGGGAUAUAAUGCUCAUGUCCUGUUUGUGGUCUCCAUGCAUCUGGUUGGCCACCGUGAGAACAGAAUGCUGAAUUACUUAGGGCUUUGGUCUGAUCGGGCCCUUCUUAUGUUCUUAAUUAUUUGUGGAAGACUAUCAAGUUGCAGGAGGCCCAUACCUGUCCCUAUGGAUUUCCAAAUAAUCUUGCCUUUAUUUGUUUUUGUGACUCAGUUCAGUGUUCCUUUAGUCCACUGGCUCUAUAGAAAAUGGCUUUUGGUGGCACAGAGGACUAAAUGGACAGUAUUGUUUUGCUGCCUUCAAACAACUGAGUAUCUGAGAAAUAAAUUGUCAAUAACUCUACCUGUCACCCAGCCUGGCCCUCCUUUGUUACACAUAACAGUUACUGCUUCGUUUCUGUCUCUAAUCACUGAUCUUAGUGACUCUGUAUCUCCACAAGGAGCAUCAUCAGGGUCAGGAUACAGCACUCAACCAAGUAAAUUUGCAAUAUUUCACAUUUUGUCUCAUUAAGGAGAGGAGGAGUGGACAAGGAAGUUGACUGCUAGUGGAUUCCUCUGAUUUCCCCAAUACUGCAACCAGCCCUCCUUUAGCUGCUACUUAUUUUUCCCUGUCAUUUUCAAUACUUGCAUAUGACAGAAUAUGCAGAAUGGGCUGGUCCUGGGGCUGUGUGGGGAGUGCGUCCUCAUCCUUAUAAAGGCCAAUCAUUCCAUUUUAUUUGGAACUUGCUCUGGGGACAGAGAAGCAUGUGCACUCCUGUCCCUCUGACCCCAGAGCAAAUAAUCAGUCAGUCUGAUUAUAAUGUCUAAAGGUUAUAGAAUAGAUUAUACCCAUAUGGAAGAAUCUAUUUUACCUGACUUGCACUAUGUAUUUAAUGUGUGUUUUGAAACAUGCUGAAGAAGAUUGCAACUAAUUAUUUCAUAUAUAUGUUUAUAUAUACAGGGCAGGGAAAGGCACUUCACCAGAUAGUUUUGCCCACAAACUCGCAGAAACUCUAUGAAUAUCUAAUUUGAAGUUCAAAUUGAAGGAAAGCAAACUAUGGGACUAAAUGAGUUUAUUUUUCUUUCUGAAGAAAUUCGAGGAAUAUAGGGUUAAUUUUUCUUUGACACAACUUCCUUGUUUUAUUUCCCUUAACAGAAGUUCUUUGUGUUAUGCAUUUGAUAAUUGCUUCAUUAUGUAGCACCACAGCAUCCUACGUGACCCAAGAAAACAUUCCAAAAAACUGAGAACGUCCUUUUUGACCCAUCUGUCCAUUUUUUACUUUUAAAAAAAUGCAGCAUGAACAGGCUGGAGCUGUUUGAGAAAGCAGCAUUUGCUGUGAAUCAGAGCAGCUUUCUCAUGUUAACUUCAUAGGAACAUGAAAGGAACUUGCUAUGAACCCCCCACCCGUUUGAAUUUGCCUGAGUGAAAUGGCCACCUCCCACUGCCAUCUGGCGGUAGCAGACAGACACUUUCCAAGCCGGUCUCCUUUUUAUUUGUUGCUUCAUUUGGUUGGCAAAAAGCUGAUUCCCCUAACUAUUGCAUGUCCAGAUGAGGACGGCAGCAAUCCAGUUUUGCUUGUAGUGAAAAAGUUGUCUGCGUGGCUGACCCUGUUGUGUCGCAGCAUAAAGCCAUACCUGAAGGCAGAGAUUGGCGUCUGAAUGGUGUAGCAAGGCAUCUUAGAAUGUUGUCUUUUGCAGGGAGGUGCCAACUGGGUUCAGCUUUAGGCAGGAAAUGCCUUGAGGUGGCAUUGGCUGCCUGAGGAGCACUUCAGCAUGAGCAGAGAUAUGUCAUAGGCAUCUUGAGCUAAGUGCUUAAAAGCAAUAAUUCAGUACAGGCUUCUAAGUCAGCUCUGCUCAAGGAUGAAGCACUCAAGCAUGUAUUUUGAGUGUUUUGUUAGUAUAUUGACUAUAUUAAGUUUAUACAAUGUAUUGUGUGUUGUUGUUUAGUCAUUUAGUCGUGUCCGACUCUUCGUGACCCCGUGGACCAGAGCACGCCAGGCACUCCUGUCUUCUACUGCGUCCCGCAGUUUGGUCAGGCUCAUGUUUGUAACUUCGAGAACACUGUCCAACCAUCUCGUCCUCUGUCGUCCCCUUCUCCUUGUGCCCUCCAUCUCUCCCAACAUCAGGGUCUUUUCCAGGGAGUCUUCUCUUCUCAUGAGGUGGCCAAAGUAUUGGAGCCUCAGCUUCAGGAUCUGUCCUUCCAGUGAGCACUCAGGGCUGAUUUCCUUAAGAAUGGAUAAGUUUGAUCUUCUUGUAGUCCAUGGGACUCUCAAGAGUCUCUUCCAGCACCAUAAUUCAAAAGCAUCAAUUCUUCGGCGAUCAGCCUUCUUGAUGGUCCAGCUCUCACUUCCAUACAUCACUACUGGGAAAACCAUGGCUUUAACUAUAUGGACCUUUGUUGGCAAGGUGAUAUCUCUGCUUUUUAAGAUGCUGCCUAGGUUUGCCAUCGCCUUUCUGCCAAGGAGCAGGUGUCUUUUAAUUUUGUGACUGCUGUCUCCAUCUGCAGUUAUCAUGGAGCCCAAAAAAGUAAAAUCUCUCACUGCCUCCAUUUCUUCCCCUUCUAUUUGCCAGGAGGUGAUGGGACCAGUGGCCAUGAUCUUCGUUUUUUGAUGUUGAGCUUCAGACCAUAUUUUGCGCUCUCCUCUUUCACCCUCAUUAAAAGGUUCUUUAAUUCCUCCUCACUUUCUGCCAUCAAGGUUGUGUCAUCUGCAUAUCUGAGGUUGUUGAUAUUUCUUCCGGCGAUCUUAAUUCCGGCUUGGGAUUCAUCCAGCCCAGCCUUUCGCAUGAUGAAUUCUGCAUAUAAGUUAAAUAACCAGGGAGACAAUAUACAGCCUUGCCGUACUCCUUUCCCAAUUUUGAACCAAUCAGUUGUUCCAUAUCCAGUUCUAACUGUAGCUUCUUGUCCCACAUAGAGAUUUCUCAGGAGACAGAUGAGGUGAUCAGGCACUCCCGUUUCUUUAAGAACUUGCCAUAGUUUGCUGUGGUCAACACAGUCAAAGGCUUUUGCAUAGUCAAUGAAGCAGAAGUAGAUGUCUUUCUGGAACUCUCUAGCUUUCUCCAUAAUCCAGCGCAUGUUUGCAAUUUGGUCUCUGGUUCCUCUGCCCCUUCGAUAUCCAGCUUGCACUUCUGGGAGUUCUCGGUCCACAUACUGCUUAAGCCUGCCUUGUAUAAUUUUAAGCAUAACCUUGCUAGCGUAUGAAGUAAGUGCAAUUGUGUGGUAGUUGGAGCAUUCUUUGGCACUACCCUUCUUAGGGAUUGGGAUGUAGACUGAUCUUCUCCAAUCCUCUGGCCACUGCUGCGUUUUCCAAAUUUGCUGGCAUAUUGAGUGUAGCACCUUGACAGCAUCAUCAUUUAAAAUUUUAAAUAGUUCAGCUGGAAUAUCAUCACUUCCACUGGCCUUGUUAUUAGCAGUGCUUUCUAAGGCCCAUUUGACUUCACUCUCCAGGAUGUCUGGCUCAAGGUCAGCAACCACACUACCUGGGGUGUACGAGACAUCCAUUUCUUUCUGGUAUAACUCCUCUGUGUAUUCUUGCCACCACUUCUUGAUGUCUUCUGCUUCUGUUAGGUCCUUUCCACGUUUGUCUUUUAUUAUGGUAAUCUUUGUACGAAAUGUUCCUUUCAUAUCUCCAAUUUUCUUGAUCUCUGGUUUUUCCCAUUCUAUUGUUUUCCUCUAUUUCUUUGCAUUGCUCGUUUAAGAAGGCCUUCUUGUCUCUUCUUGCUAUUUUUUGGAAUUCUGUAUUCAAUUUCCUGUAUCUUUCACUAUCUCCCUCGCAUUUUGCUUGCCUUCUCUCCCCCGCUAUUUGUAAGGCCUCGUUGGACAGCCACUUUGCUUUCUUGCAUUUCCUUUUCACUGGGAUGGUUUUAGUUGCUGCCUCCUGUAUAAUGUUACGAGCCUCCAUCCAUAGUUCUUCAGGCACUCUGUCCACCAAAUCUAAAUCCUUAAACCUGUUCCUCACUUCCACUGUGUAUUCAUAAGGGAUUUGACUUAGAUUGUAUCUUACUGGCCCAGUGGUUUUUCCUACUUUCUUCAGUUUAAGCUUGAAUUUUGCUAUAAGAAGCUGAUGAUCUGAGCCACAGUCAGCUCCAGGUCUUGUUUUUGCUGACUGUAUAGAGCUUCUCCAUCUUUGGCUGCAGAGAAUAUAAUCAAUCUGAUUUUGAUGCUGCCCAUCUGGUGAUGUCCAUGUGUAGAGUCGUCUCUUGUGUUGUUGGAAAAGAGUGUUUGUGAUGACCAGCUUGUUCUCUUGGCAGAACUCUAUUAGCCUUUGCCCUGCUUCGUUUUGAAUUCCAAGGCCAAACUUGCCAGUUGUUCAUCUCUUGACUCCCUACUUUAGCAUUCCAAUCCCCUAUAAUGAGAAGAACAUCCUUCUUUGGUGUCAUUUCUAUAAGGUGUUGUAAGUCUUCAUAGAAUUGGUCAAUUUCAGUUUCUUCAGCACCAGUGGUUGGUGCAUAAACUUGGAUUACUGUGAUGUUAAAAGGUCUGCCUUGGAUUCGUAUUGAGAUCAUUCUAUCAUUUUUGCGAUUGCAUCCCAGUACAGCUUUCACCACUCUUUUGUUGACUAUGAGGGCCACUCCAUUUCUUUUACGGGAUUCUUGCCCACAGUAGUAGCUAUGAUGGUCAUCCGAACUGAAUUCGCCCAUUCCCGUCCAUUUUAGUUCACUGAUGCCUAGGAUGUCAAUAUUUAUUCUUGCCAUCUCAUUUUUGACCACAUCCAACUUACCCAGGUUCAUGGUUCUUACAUUCCAGGUUCCUAUGCAAUAUUUUUCUUUAUAGCAUUGGACUUUCCUUUCGCUUCCAGGCAUAACUGAGUGUCCUUUCGGCUUUGGUCCAGCCGCUUCAUCAGCUCUGGAUCUACUUGUCCUUGUCCUCCGCUCUUCCUCAGUAGCAUGUUGGACGCCUUCCGACCUGAGGGGCUCAUCUUCCAGCGUCAUAACUUUUAUAUGCCUGUUGCCUUUGUCCAUGGAGCUUUCUUGGCAAGGAUACUGGAGUGGCUUGCCGGUUCCUGCUCCAGGUGGAUCACGUUUGGUCAAAACUCUCCACUAUGACCUGUCCAUCUUGGGUGGCCCUGCACGGCAUAGCUCAUAGCUUCUCUGAGUUAUUCAAGCCCCUGCGCCAUGGCAAGGCAGUGAUCCAUGAAGGGGAAUGUAUUGUGUAUAAUGUAUAUAAUAAGAUAUUAGAUUUUUAUUGUUUUUAGGAACAUAAGGCACUCCCCUGACAAUUAUGAUCACAUCUUAACAUGCAGAAAUGGGAAUGGGAAUUUUCCCAAAGACAUACUCGUGCACGUGGCCCUGGAUUUUUGCUGUUUCCUCUGUGCAAGCCAAUACAUAAUAAUAAUAAUAUAAUAUCAAACUUUUAUUUAUACCCCACCCUCCCUGGCCAAAGUCGGGCUCAGGGCGGCUAACAUCAGAUAUAUAACAUUGGUAUAAAAUCAAACAACAAUUAAAUUACCUCCUAAAAACAGGUCGAAAUCAAAUUAAAGUCUAAUUAGAUGGCUUUCCGCAGGGUUAGGGUUGGGAACAGUAAGUUUGAACAUUUGCAGUUUCUCUUUUAACAUGUAAAUUUGGACAGGAAGAAAAGAGCAGAGUGAUAGUCAUAAUUUCAGCUCCGCUAAAUAUACCAGUAAUUUUAUCUCUGUGAUUAAAGCUGAAUUCAUAAAACAUUUUAAAACAGCACAUAAGUCUGUUUUUAUGUAGCAUUUGUUCCUACAAACUGUGGUGAGAAUGGUCAGCCACCUUUUUUGUGGGCACCACUGCAAACUUUGCCUGUAGCAGCUUGAAGGAUGUAAAUAAACAGUUGUCUGAAGGCCCUCAUUUUCUGGAGGCCUUGCCGUGGUGGACUUUCCAUAUCUGUUGGGCAGGAUGAGAAUACCAUUCAGCUCACUAAAUAGUUGGAGCCUAUAGAUUACUGUCUCUCAGUGCAAUUACAGUUGCCUUGCGGGGUGGGGGUGGGUUUAAGUUGAUAAGCACAUGUUAAGUGGUCAUCGGAUUUCACACACUGAUACUUCAUAAAGUACUUAGGGCAAUGCUUAUUACAGAACUAGUCUCUCUGCUGCAGAAUGCAAGCUUCUGCUAUGUACAGAGCUCUUCUGAAUUCUGCAAUUAAAAUGAGUUGUUUGAAAAUAAAAAGCUUCAAAGCAGUCACUAGCUUCACUUACAAAAAGUGCUCUCUUUUUGACAUCACAUCUCUCAUUUUGCUAGACCUAGUAAGCAACAUUAUGCACCAAAAUGCUUCGUAGCCAUAGUUAGUGAUUGAUCCUAAACAUUUCUUCUUUCUGGGGUAUCUCCUGCAAUGACUGGGUAAUAUCCCCAGAACACUAGUGUGUUGUCAUGUGUUCUGACAUUCUGCAGGUGACAUUCAUGAGCAGCUUUUGCAAGUUUAGAAGGUCCUAUGUUAGGCAACUGGACUUUCCGCAAGGAAGUGUAUCACAUAUAUAAAAGUCAGUUUCUGCCCUAUGGUCAUAGCGGGAGCAAGAAAUGCUGAAUAAGGUUUUGCAAGGAACUGUGGGCUCAUUUUUUAAUAAGCUCCCAUUGAGUACUGUGGGGCAAAGUUAGUUGGCUCCAAUUGGUGACACUUUGGGGAAUAGGUGGUGAUUAGGACAUUAAACUAAAUUCUUUCUUGUUGCAGCGAAGUGAGCCUUAGAUUUUGUUUGUUUCCCCUUGAUUUAUCCAUAUGCACCAGACAAUGUAGUUUGUAACUAUUUGUAUAAAACAGCAGUGGCGAAUAAUAGCGAGAAAGGUACAUAUGAAGAUGAAAUGGUUUUUUAAAAAAAUAUUGGGAAGGGUGCCUUAAAUUCAGUUAACAGAUUGAGAGGGAGCACAGGGAUUUUACCAGCUUAAUGAUCAUUGAAACACUUUGAGCAUGUAGUACAUUUUUAAGAAACUCCCCCUGCAAUUCUUUGUGGAAAUCUAAGCCAUUUAUGCCCCCAUGUGGCUGAAAAGAGAAUUCAUUUAACCAAAUUAAGUUUACAUUUAAUUGAAAGUCAUUCCCCCCCCCCCGUUUUGUCAGUGGGAGCAGGAGAAUGGAUAAAUCAAGAGCUUAUACAGACUUUUCAUUUUUCAGAAGAUCAAGGGGCUCUUGGGUUGAUUUCCUUCUAGAUUAUGCAUUGUCAGGAAGUAGAAUUUGAGUUAUGGUGGCAAGCAAACCACAAAUCACACCGGACAAAACAAAUUUUCUCCCACCAGAAACCACUGAAGCCAAAAUAUAUGAAUUUAGUGUACAGUAUGUGUGUUAACUUUUGUGAUUGUCAUACACAUCUGUUUAACAGUGUCACAAGACUCAAUCCCCUCUCUAUGCCUGAACAAUACUUUUACAUUUAAAAAAAAUAAGGGAGGAACCUGUAAGACUAAUACCACUAAAGAGUUUAUGUGACCCAUUUAAAAGAGUGAAAAAUUCAAGGUUAACCCCUCCCCAUUGCAGCAUUGCUCUGCAAAUAAUUAAGUUCUUGUUAACUUUUUUUUUAAAGUAUAUUUCCAUUGAAAGAUCUGUUUGCCCCUCUCUGUAGCACUGGAGAGCAUCUAGUAAUGUUGUCUAAUUUUAAGGAAAGGGUGGAUGUGGUUCCAGAAUUUGGGGGUGGUAUUGAUUUAAAUUUGCUUUCAUUGUGGCUGUAUUGGUACUCUGAGCAAUCCACCCGUAUGGUUGUGUGGGUAGGCAAAAAAAUAAUGAUAACUGAAUAAUUCAUCGUAUCUACUUUUUAAGGACCAAACAACACAUGUUGUGGGAGAUCUGAUUGGAUUUCAAAGUGUCAUUUUCCAUGUUUUGUCUAGUCUUUUUAAUGUCUUCUAUAUUGUUGUGAUGUGUAAGGGUAUAGCUUUUCUAAUAUUACAGGGCUGUAAUAUUUCUUUCCAAGGUUAAGUCUGUUUUAGCUGCAACAGUCAGCUAAAGGAUAGCCAAAAUGCCCUACAGAUGUUGUAGGCUGCAACUCCCAUUGGUCCUGACGAUUGUUCAUACUGGCUGGAGCUGAUGUGAGUUGUAGUCCAUCUGCAGAGCAUCUGGAGGGCACCAUGCUGACUACAUCUGGUGCAUAUUUCCCUCUGCCACAGCCAAGGCAGAUAACUAGAGUUACUCCAGUGGAAUAUAUACAGUGUUCAAGUAUUCACCUUUACAUCGUAUGCUGUCCGUUGCUCAGAUUCUGGUGUGAACAACUGCAAUUGGUAUAGCAAAAAGCAUCUUGUUAAUAAUGUUUAUUGCUCUGAAAACAAUGGAGCAAAAUGCAAAGAAGCAAUAUGAGCAGAGCAUUAAAAAUAAAUGAAUUCUGGGAAUUGUGUUUGCUGUUGUGAGUGAGAGCAUGUGAGGUGCUGAGGCACACGCAUUCUUGUCCGCAGGAGUCCAUAAGUGCAUGCUUGGGAAUGUGGGUUAUCCUGCCAAUCCUACUUCAAAGGGUCUCUUUCAUGCUUAGCAGAUAAGAACCUGCUUUGUUAUCUUGCUGAAAGUUGGGUAAAGUGCUAAAUAUCUUGAAGAGCAAAACCCCAGUCAGGACCUGCCCACACUUUCAUGAGGCAAGCUGAAACAAUUGCCGCAUUCAGCUGGGGGUGGCAAAUGGGUGCCCCCAAGACCUCUGCUUGCUUGCUUGCUUGCUUGCUUGCCUUGUGGGUUUAAGUACAACAUCUAGGUGCGGUAGCAACGCAGCAGUGGUGGUGCAGGGACUCUCCCACUCACCUUGCCCAGAAUGCCUUGCUCUGAGAAAAGACCCCUUGGCCCUUCCUCAGAGCAAUGUAGGGAGGAGGUGGAGAGGAUGCCAGUGCUUCCACCAUUAGCAUGGUGGCGGGGGGGGGGGAGGAAGAGGAUAAAAGGGGGAAGAAGGAAGUGGUGUAGGUGGCCAUGUCAGGAGCUAGAGGAAGAAGAUAAGGAAAAGGUGGCACUAGUGGCAAGGAGGAGGAGGAGUUUGGGCAGAGGUGAGGAGGCUGUGGCCACUCACGUCAAGCAAUGCAAUCUCUUGUACCAGUAUUGCCCCCAGCUGUUUUGUUUUUGUGCAUGCUGAAGUAUUUUUUCAGAUAAGAAUUAACUUUGGACUAUUCUGGAGCCCUAACCUGAAAGCCAUCUGCUGCAGAUAAGAUUAACUGAAAAUCAAUUCGGUUUCUAAGACUUUACUGUAGCAAACAAGUCCAUAUUUCUGUUCAUGGCCCAAGUUACGUUCAACCGUGCUCAUUUCCUUUUUGGUUCUUUAUCAUUUCAGGCAUCGAUUGUUAAUCUCUGAGUUUAUCAAAAACCAAAAGAGAGAAAGAUUGGUAGAAAGCAAGAAAAGUCAUCCUCUGCUAAGCCCAUCUCCAGGUACUUCUGAGACUCCAAGAUUUUUGUUUUUUACUUUCUUUGAAGUGGCAUGUGUAGGCGGAAGAAAUAGCCAACUUUCCCUGAAGUAAUUGGGACUGUUGCUUGUGAACUUAGAGCUAAACUGAUUUUAUAAUAUACUAUAUAAAAAUAUAGCCAUCUCUUUUCACUGUUGAAGAUCAUGUCAUUUAGAUGAAUGAAAAGGUGUAUGGGUGUUACACACUUCCUUCUUUGUGAAGAGCAUUUGGGGGGGAGGUCCUAUUAGGGCUAGGACAAAAUCCUCCUAUUUUGCACCAAACUACUGCUGCACAAACAUGGAGAAUGCCAUUCCAAUUCCUUUCUGGAUUGCACCAGGAACCUCAAAUGAAGACCUUCCAGGUGGUGGCUUAAUGCUUGGAGGGCUCAUAGCCUGGCUUGGAACAGUACGCCAUCACAGAGAAGAUUGAUCUGCCAGAUUGAAGAUAUUUCCCAAAACUUAAUGAUCCAUCCCUGACAAAUGCUUAUCAGUCUUCCCUGUAACACCUCCAGAGGAUGAUUUCACAUUCUCCCUAGGCAAUCAGGUCUAUGGCCCAGAAAUGCAAGACAGAAUUCUUUCCAUAAUAUGCGGCUUAAAUCAUUGUUGCCACGCUGCCUCUUGCCCUUGCAUGAGUGGCAAAGGUGAACCUCAAUCUUCCCUGUGAGUACAUUUUCAACAUAUGGAAAAUGUUACUGUACUCUCCUUUAAUCAUAUCUUCUGUAGCAUAAAGAUAUCUGGUUUCCUCUUUUGUUCUAUCUGCAUGGUGGGCAGAUUUCUAUAAAAUGUGUUAACUUUUUCUGUAAAACCCAACAUGUAAACAUUUUGAGCAUACACUCUACCUGAUGGACUUUUGCAUAAACAAAACAAAUUUUAUACCUAAAACAAUAAAUAUUAACCCAAAUCAAAGGUCCUACCAUCUUAAGCCAUAUUUCCAGACACAAAUAAUUAUAUGCAUAUUAUUUCUCAAAAUGAUAAUAAAAAGUCACUUCAAAGUAACUACCCUACUCCUAAUAUACUAAAACACCAUUUGAGUUCUUUGAAAUAUAAGAAAAAUUAUCUAGCACAUAUGUUAAUAUAGUAUACCACUUUUUAAAAUUUUAAAAAACCACAAAUGUUGUGCUCCAAUUUACUUACAGUUUUACACACCAAAAAAAUCAUUUAUUCUCUUGUUUCCUUUUGCAUAAUUCCUACUAUGAAAGCAUCUGGAUCCCAGAGUACUUCUGGAAGAGAGUCUAAGAACAGGAGCCAGGAUGAGGAGCAAUGGGAGAAGGAAGCGGAAGAUCUAGUAAUGUGGUCUGCAAGUCUUGAGCACAUGAAAUUGGAUUAAACUACGAUCACUAAUGUAAUCAAGGUUGAGAGCAAUAUUGUUGUUGCAAUAGGAUCAAAUGUCCAGCCAUUAACCAGACCCCCCUACCCUGUACAGUUUAAUACGAGGGAGAUUAUCUGCAUAUUAACUGUGCAGUUUAAUAAGUGGGUGGCAUGUUCUCAUAGUCAAGGGUCCUCUGCCUGAAUUACAGCCCCCAAAGUUCUGUAUUAUGAGGCUGUGAAUACUGACAAAUUGAUGAGCAGAGAUUGAUGGUGGGUCACAUAAGCCUUGGUUGGGUUUUUUUUAAGUGUUUCAUCAUAGAUAAAGACUACAAAUGAAGUACGCACACUUUAGCACCAAUGUGGUGCUGUUGUUGUUGUGAUUUAUUUUAAUACCUGGGCAUAUAACUAUGUGCAGGAUGCUUGAUGAAGUGAAGACAGAGAAAGGGGAGGCAAAUGAAUGCAGAGAUAGAAAGGGGAAGAGCAUGGGAUUGUUUCAAUUGCACGUACUUAAGCUUAGUUAGAAUGGAGUAUGCUGACUAGGGGGAUGUUCCAAAGACUUAAAAGUUUGGAGGAACCUAGAACCUCCGGCUUUGAGUACAUUAGUCAGUUUUCAUCUUCUGCAAUCUUUUGCUCCAUAGGUGAUAAAACAUGUAGCACCUGGUCACUUGUGGCAAACUUCCAACAAUACCUUCCAGCCCCUGUGACUCCAGCAAAAUCCCUAUAUUUGGUAUCAAGUUGUUGGGUUUUACUGACCUGAAGUCAACUUUGGUGUAAAGCAGUCUAAAAUCAUGUCAGCCAUAGGUCCAGCCUUAUUAUUUUUAUAUCAUCCAUAUAAAAAUCAACAUAUAUAUUAGGGAGCAUAAAUGAAGGAGAAUUAGCUCACUAUAUGUGAGAAACAAUUUCAUCAUUGCUACUAUUUUUCUUCAGCAGGUCAAGAACAUAAUUGAGGAUAUCCAUGCUUCUUCCACUGUACCCUUGUCAACAUAUUUCCUUAUCUAAUAAUGACUUACUAGCUAUUCCUGACCAUACUAUUGGUUAGAAAAUAUAAUUUCUCUUAUUAUUCCAUGUCUGUUUCUUGUCCUCAUAUAACCCAUGUGCUCUGAGGCACAGCCCUGUUUCUGCUUUCACCUCAAAAUCUGAUGCCCGGAUAACACAUUUGGGUACAGCAUUUACCAGCCACACAAACCCCAAACACAGAAUAUAUAUCAACCUUUGCAUUUGCCACCCAUCACCCAGCUAUGAUAUCAGACUCUUGGGAUCCUUUCCCACUUCUCCACCAUAUGACAGCCAAGGCAACUUUUUCUGUCCUUAAAGCCUGAGUCGGUGUGCCUGCCUAGCUCACUAGACUGCUCUUAGCCACUCCCAUUCAUUUUGAUCAGGUAUGCCCAGGUGGCUUGUGCCUUAAGGCUAGUGUCUGAGAUCCCAGGGUGAUUUGAUGAGCACUGGAAAGGAGACAGAAGGGUGAGAGGAUGACAUGCAUCACAAGAUGGGGAAGCUUUUAAUGUUUGACGUUUUACUAUGUUUUUAUAUGUGCUGUAAGCUGCCCAGAGUGCCUGGGGAAACCCAACCAGAUGGGUGGAGUAUAAAUAAUAAAAUUAUUAUUAUUAUUAUAAUAUACAACAUGCCUUUGGGAGUGACAGGCAUCCUUCACUGAUCACUAGGGGGCCCACUGAAUUUCGCUUCUCGCCUCUGGUUCCUAGGGAUAUGCAUAAGCCACUUCUUCCUCAUCGUCUUUCUAGUGAGAGAGAAAUAAGUCAGGUUAUUCACAGGCAGUUCUGGCCACCCUUGUCUUUCCUGUACGCAGCAGGAAUGGCCGUGAUUGGACAUACAUGGUCAUAACAUCCCCACCCAGUGACUUGGGUGGUAGAAAGCUUUCCAGUGCUGCUCCCUUCCUAUGGGCAGCUAUCCUUUGGCAACACACAGUCUGUCUCUCACCAUGUGCUUGUGCAGUGCCUAAUUUGGGUGGGCUGUGAUCUCAGCCAGGAUUACCAGAAACUACAGCCCUAUAAAUACAUUAUAUUUUCAGAAUAACAGCUUGCUAGGGCCUCUGGUCAUCAAAGUGCUUUGUCCAAUGCAAGGCCUGUUUAUUGAGUGCAUCUUGUGCUGCAAUAAUUACCUUGAAGUACAGGGCUGAUCGUUCCAAAUUUAAAAGAUAGUAUUAUCACAGAUUUCUCAAUUCAAAGUACUAGAGACAUCGGGAGUUCUUAAUCAAAAAUAGGCUUUAAGCAAAUGAUCAUUAACUCUGUGAGCAGAACCAGGCUUUUCCGUUCUGUGCAUUUUUAUAGGCACUAUUUUACUGCAGGCCUUUUUUAUGAGUUCUGGGAUCGUGAGGCUUAAAGAGGGGACACAGCCAGGAUUUGGACGUGGGAGGAACAAAGUGUCAAGCUGAGCAGGGCUCCACAUGCACAUCUGGGACCAUUUAGAGCAUAUUCUUUGUGCGUGUGGUGUUUUUUUUUUUAAGUGCGCCAACCGAUUAUAGGCAAGUAGCAGCUGUGCCGAAUGAAACCAAGCAAUGUGAAUGUGAGAAGAGUAAGUCAGUUGAGCUUACCUGACACUCCUGGAUACUGUGACUGGCCUCAGCAUGGGGACGAACAAACAUGGUAAAGCAUGCUGGUAUUUUGCCAAUUUCAGCAUUCUCAUACUCUCCAGUCGAUGAAGUUUCAUGCCGUAACUUUAACAGCCUGUUCCUAAAAAGAGGUAUCUGCACAGAAUCACACCGUAAGCGAUUCACACUGGAUCAGUUAUAUUGACUGGUGCGCUGUUGAGUUUUGACUUCAAUGUUUUGUAUGUGAAGAGGAGGGGUGCUAUAUUGGCAGGUACUCUUUGAAUGGGGAAAUGCCCGCAAAUUCACUGCUUUGCAGCAGCUGGCUCUGACAGUGCUGCUACUACAUUAAAGGAAAUGGAGACCAUGAGCUGAACCACCACAUUUCUGUGACCCAUAGAGCAACCUCCCUCCCUCCUAUGUGAACUUAUAGGAGCAGGCAGCUUAGCCUGGCCUCCUAAACCCGGCACACUAAAGCAUACGUAAUUCUGCUUCUCAUGCUUAAAAAGAAAUGGUGGUUUUAAGUUUCACCAUUACUUGGAGAAUAGACACCCAUACCUUAGAAUAGAGCCCCAUAAAAUGAUCAUGUAAAAAACCAAAAUUGGUGUGUAGUUGGGUGCAAUACUAUUUAUGGAUAAAGAAUAUGAAGAAAUCCCUUCAUGAAGGAAACCAGUGUAAAUGCACUGAUAUCACUUAUGGGCUUAUAUCUUCUUUUGCAGUGAGAACUGGAUUGCAGUGUAGUGUUCUUCAGCUCAAUGUCCUCUAGAAGGCACUAUAUCACUGUGAAAUUCACAGUUUUUUUAUUCCUCUUAGGAAAUAAGCCAUUUGUAAUUGCUUGAUUGGAAGCCAGUUAUCAUCAUUUUCCUGCUCUUAAUUAUAAAAGUUUUUUUAAAUCAUUUUAACACAAUACAGUGCAUCUUUUUGUGAGAAAGCAUGUUUUGUUCAGUAUGAUGGAAUUUACAAGUGAAGGACCGUCUCAAAAUGUUUUUUUAAAAAAACAAAAAUACAUCUAAAGAAUAUUGUUAAGUGUUGAAUCCUGUGAAGAAUUAUGGCAUCUAAACUUGGUAUUUGAAAAGUUAUUUAAUGUCUUUAUUAAAUAAAAUAUUUUUAAAAGCAUAUACAUAAUAGGAGAAACACUCUGGAAGUUGCAAGGGAAAUAAACAGGGUACCCAGGGGUGAAACCAGGCUUUAUUUCACCCAGGUGAAAGACCCAAUCUGGCACCCACAUGUGCAUUUGCGUACAUACACACAUAGGCUGGGAGGCUUCACCUGGGGCAAAAAAUCCUGGCCAGCCCCCCGCCCCAUAGCUACAAAGGUACCACAGCGAUCAGGACUAUAUGAAAUCACUGAAUGACGUACAUUUGAGUCAGGUCAAUUUCAAGUGAUCCAAUUUACACUGCUUUGGAACAUGUUUUUUUAAAGAGCCUGGCUAGCUUUUCAGAUACUUUUUAAUUCAAUAACUUUCUAAAGAAAUGCCUGAAGUAACUGAUAUUAUAGUUUGAAAUCUUGUUUAUUCCGUUAUAUUUUACUCCAAGAAGACCUAUUUAUCCUAAAUAGCACCCAAUAAGGCAGACAUGUACGUAUAAAAUAUUUUUUUUUAAAUGUGAUCCCAUUGAGAUUCCAAGAUGAAAUAUUGCAGGUAGCUCUUAGAAAUAUUAAAUAAUCAAUAAAAAGUUUUUGAAUUUUUAAACUCAUAUUAAUUUUUUUAAUCACUUGUACUUAAAUACUUAAAAAUUUGUAACUUAAAGUAAGUCCAUCAUGUGACGUAGCAUAUUAAAGCCCAUGAGGUUCUGAAGAGAUUGGUGUUUUUAGUUUUGACGUCUCUCAAUUGGAUGACAUAAGGUAAAAAAGUUGGAUCACUUGGUAUGGAAUGACUCAGUAGUGCUGUAACAGGGAACUGCAAUAACACUGAAAUACACGUGUCUUGUUAACAUUAUUCACAGAAAAAGGCAUUUAGUGUUAAAUCUUAGUGGCUCCAUUCCCCACCCUUUUAAAUGCAGUCCUGACCCCCCACUAUAGCCAGUGCUAAAGCUUCCCUCUAUUUCAGCUCAGGAUUGCACCCUGCACAGCGUAUGUAAAAAACAAACUCAUAUACUAGGGACUUCUCAACAAACCAAUCCAUGUACAGUAGUACCUUGGUUACAUACGCUUCAGGUUACAUACACUUCAGGUUACAGACUCCGCUAACCCAGAAAUAGUACCUCGGGUUAAGAAAUUUGCUUCAGGAUGAGAACAGAAAUCGCGCAGCAGCAGCGGGAGGCCCCAUUAGCUAAAGUGGUGCUUCAGGUUAAGAACAGUUUCAGGUUAAGAACGGACCUCCGGAACGAAUUAAGUACGUAACCAGAGGUACCACUGUAUAUACUGCUUACUUGCCGAAAUGGUUCUAAGAGGCUUACAAGUAUAAAAACCAGUUAUGAAAGUAUUGGCCCCACAUAAUUAAAAUACACAAUAAAACAGUUUCAUCAAAACAUUAAAAUAAGCACCCAUAAAUAAAAUGUACAAUAAAAUGCCAUUAAAACAGCACUGCUUAAAACCAUAAGGAAAGUUCAAAUCCGCGUAUCAACCAAUAGUCUAAAGUGCCCCAAGAAUGAGGCAGAUAAAUGGAAAGCUCUUUUACAGAGGAAGAAAACUUCCAAGAAACUGGGAGACAGAUUUUGACUCAGCGCUCAUUGAAACAAUAUGAGUAACCCUCUUUUAAGAUUACCGCAAAGUCCUUCCGAGAUCUGACAGAUGCAGAGCCUCCUACUCUGCUCUUCCUUCCCCCACUCUACAUUUAUGAGAGUGUUUCUGUUUUGACAUGGUAAUAAUGACCUGAUGAGAAGAGGCAUACUGUGAGGAUUAAUAACAACUUGACAAGAUGUGACUAAUGAUGAUGGCAGGUUUGUUGAAGAAAACCCAAGUACCUUGGUCAGAUAGUGCUGAGGAAUGCAGAGGGUGUUUGAAAGUGCACACAUGCAGGGCGAUGUAGCAGGCACUAAGGGGGCUCUGACCUUUAGCUGGCUCACUAGUCAUCAAAACUAGAUUCAGGGCAAGAUAAACAGAAUAGAAGCAGACUGUGAAGGCACUAAGGGGGAAAAGAGGGGAAAUGCUUGAAAACAUACGAAGGAGGAGCUAGCCUGAUAAGCAUGGUUUUGUACGUUUUGUUGUAUUUUGUGCAUUGUGAUUUGCUGUUAUUUUGUAAAGUGAUUCUUUACUGCAAUUGAUAAGUGUAAACUGUUCAAUUAUUAUUUGUUGUUGUUUAAUUUUGCUGUUUACUGUUGGAUUCUAGUGGAAUCUUGGAUAUUGCUUUGUUUGAUGUAAGUUGUUUAUUUUAAAGUUAUUGUGACUUUUUAUAUAGGAUCUGAUUGUUACUAUCAAGGUUUAUGUAUUAUUAUUAUUAUUAUUAUUUCUGUUGGAAGCUGCCCAGAGUGGCUGAGGCAAUGCAGCCGGAUGGGUGGGGUAUAAAUAAUAAAUUAUUAUUAUUACUAU